UCUAGUAAACAGGAAGCAGAAGCCUUAGAAACAGAAUUACUGGAAGAUUACCGUUUUGGGAAACAGCAGUUUAUUGAAAUACUGGGGCACAGCUGUGCAAUGGCUGUUACUAAGGUGUACCCACUGAAAACUCUUCCUAAGAAGCAACCAACUGUUUUGAUUAUCUGCGGUCCAGAGGAAAAUGGUGCUAUUGGCCUUGUCUGUGCUCGAAAUCUUCGUACUUAUGAUUAUGAACCCACAAUCUUCUACCCUAAGAAAUCACUUGAUAAUCUGUACAAAGACUUUACAAUUCAGUGUGAGAAGAUGGAUAUCCCCUUUCUAUCUUACCUUCCUACAGAAGUGCAGUUAAUUAAUGAUGCCUAUAAUCUAGUGGUGGACGCAGUGCUGGGCAUUGAGGCAAAUAGCGAAGAAGGUAAAGAGCCAUGGGCCACUAUUUUGGGAAUAAUGAAACAGAUAAAGAUACCCAUUAUCAGUCUGGAUAUUCCAUCAGGCUGGGAUGUGGAAUCUGGAAACGCUGAAGGCAUCAAUCCGGAGGUACUCAUUUCCCUUUCUGCGCCCAAAAGAUGUGCCGUCCAGUUUUCUGGGAAACAUCACUUUGUUGCAGGGAGGUUCCUGCCCUAUGAUAUACAGAAGAAAUUUGAUUUGAACCUACCAAAGUAUUCUGGGACAGACUGUGUGGUGGAGAUUUAG